CAGUCGUCAGUUUCGGUAACAGCCAGAGAACUAAGACGACUGCGUACAGUGUUUUCUAAACGGUUCAUCAGCUUUUAUAGCUGCAUAUGUUGCCUUUUAUUAAACAUACAAACGAGGAGAUUCUACACCUCAACGGAGGAGCUUUAUAAUUGUUCCCCGGAUAGGAAAGGAGACGGAUUACGGGGUUUUUUUGUAGCUGUCUCUGUUUCCUGUUCAGCCCUUUGUUUUUUUUUUUCACUGCCUCGGUCAAGCAGGCGAGCAACAGCGCCCCCUGCGAGCCAACAGGAAACAGCUAGAGGAUAGGGAGCCAGACGAGCGGACGAGCUUCUUGCCUCCCGUACGACGUGGGUCCCCCCAGCUCAGCUGUCCGAUGCGGAGUGAGGAUGAGUCCCGCUCUGGAAGCCCUCAUGCAGGCAGACGUGACUCCUUAUUCCGGAAAAGGCGUGAUGCUUGAGCCCUUCGUGCACCAGGUGGGAGGCCACUCCUGCGUGCUACGGUUUGGGGAACAGACUAUUUGCAAGCCCCUCAUCCCCAGAGAGCACCAGUUCUACAAGAGCCUCCCUGCAGAGAUGAGGAAGUUCACCCCUCAGUAUAAAGGUGUUGUGUCGGUCAGUUUUGAAGAGGACGAAGAAGGGAACUUGUGUCUCAUCGCCUACCCCCUUCACAGCGAAUCAGGGGACCUGGAAAACAAAGACCCCUCGUCAGACUGCGAGCCCAAGAGCAAGAUGGUGAAGUGGAGCAACAAGAAGCAGUCCUCUUUGCUUCAGGAGAACGACAACUACAGCAAAGAAAGAGGUCGACACAGCCGGAAAGAAGACAAGAUCAUGAGUUAUAAUCGUGAUGAGGUGCAGCAGCAGCAGGCGGAGGUUCUGUACUUCAGCCUGGAGAAAGGAAAUGUGGUGCCACAGAUCAAACACAACCCCUGGAGCCUGAAAUGUCACCAACAGCACUUGCAGAGGAUGAAGGAGAAUGCAAAGCACCGUAACCAAUACAAAUUUAUCCUUUUAGAAAACUUGACGUGGCGCUAUACAGUACCAUGUGUCUUAGACUUGAAGAUGGGAACUCGCCAACAUGGAGAUGAUGCAUCAGAGGAGAAGAAAGCCAAUCAGAUUCGCAAGUGUCAGCAGAGCACGUCUGCAUCUAUUGGAGUGCGACUUUGUGGCAUGCAGGUGUACCAGUCAGACUCUGGCCAGCUGAUGUUCAUGAACAAGUACCACGGGCGCAAGCUGACCCUAGCGGGCUUCAAGGAGGCCAUCUACCAGUUCUUCCACAAUGGCCGUCGCCUGCGUCAUGAGCUGCUGUCUCCGGUGCUGCGCAGACUCCGGGAAAUGCAAGCGGCCCUGGAGGCCUGCGAGUCGUACCGCUUCUACUCCAGCUCCCUGCUCAUCAUCUACGAUGGCGAUCCGCCCAGGACUCCCACUAGACCUAGACAUCGAGGUGGGGAGGAGGGUGACGAGGACGAACCAUCUGAUGAAGACGAGGAGGAGGAGGGAGGGGCCUACGGUUUCCCUCGCUCCUCCUCGGCCGGUGGAAGCGCCGGUGUGGCCGGAGGAAGCAGCAACAGUGGCAGCAGUCGCUCGUCCCACGGCACAGGAGAGGCCAGCAGCCCGGCGGUAGAUGUGCGCAUGAUUGACUUUGCUCACACCACCUGUAGGCACUAUGGAGAAGACAGUGUAGUACAUGAAGGACAGGACAGUGGAUUCAUCUUUGGCCUCCAGAACCUGAUCACAAUAAUCUCCCAGCUGGAGGAUCACAGCUCUGACUGAGGCUGCAUAGGAGCCAACCUGGUCUACAUUUUAAGCAUGGGAAGAGCUCACUAAGCUGAAACCCUGCUACCCCAAGGUGCAUCACCCUUAUGCCAAUGUGAGGGUCUGCCUGGUGGAAACCUCAGACACCUCUGGGUCAGGGGAGAGUCCGCGUUGUCCUGCGCUCUCACUUACCUGCCAGAGGAACAGGGCGGCCUGUGCCCUUCCUUGCACUUUUCUGAGAUCGCUACUUUUCUUUGUAAAACACGGUAGGAGAGAUGAGACAGAGGUCUCUCCAAAAACACAUGGACUCCUGUAGCAUCCCAGAACUCUCCUUCCCCUCUCCUCCUCUGGUACAGAUGAGUUCGGUUCUUGUCAAGUUCUCUCUGAGAGAGACCCAGCGAGGCAGAGAAUAUCGAAGCAGUAGUUAGCUAGGAGCCUGUUGUGGUGCUUUACCUGUGAUAUGUCCGUUUUUUUGUUGUUGUUUUUUUUUUUAAAAAAGUUUGAAUUGUCGUUCCCCAACAGCACAGCACAAUAUCAGUGGGGAGCUGACUGAACAAGCUGACCUUGGCUGGCUAGGUCAGCAGCCUUGUAGCAACUGACAAGUUUAACAUACGAUAAGGACAUUUGUGUUUAUAUUGGUGUCUCUUAAGGCCCUUGUAACAAAUAUGGGUUGUGUGUCAAUCAGACACUUGGAUUCAUACUUUUCAGUGGAAGAUUAUUUAGUUCUAGAAAAAGGGAUUUGCCUUUUUUCCAACAGUUCUCUCCUGUACUUUUUGCCUCUAAGCGAAAGACUGCAGAGGGGGUUGAAUCUUUUUUUUUUUCGUCACUAUCUUUGUUUUUUCUCCUCUUCAUUCCUACAAUUUUGACUUAACAAAGAGAGUAUAUUGAUAAAAACACUAGCAGCAAAGACUAUAUAGAGACUAUUUAUUUGAAAGGAAUGUGUAAAAAAAUGGAGACAAGUACAUUCCAUGUUACCACUAUAAAUAUUAUGUCCUCCUGAUACAGACUUUGAUUUAUUUUGUUAUCGCAAGACUUUUCUUGUAUACCUGUGUGAUAACAGUGUCUUGAAUAAUAAAGGCAUUAAUUGUGGUAAAA